AUGGCAAUUGAUGAAGAAACUGACAACGAAGGUUUUGGGGGAAAUUUCGAAGACCUUUCUUUUGAUAAAUCAGAAGAAGAUUUUCCGGAUCAUAUGAUAAUGACGAUGAAGCAGUUCAAGAUUUUGAAUUCCAAAUUGAAUUCAAUCUUACAAUCUCAAGCAGAUGUCGGAAAUGCUGGAAUCAAUCUUUUGCAAGUUGAUUCAUUGAUGAAAGAGAUGGAAAACAAGCUGCUAUCGAAGAAUUCAGGGCUCAUUCGUGAUUCAGAAAGCCAGAUUUUAGAAAAAAUUGACCAGUCUGAUAGUUCUACUGAGAAUAGAAUCAAGUUUCUUAGAACUGAUUUCCUAAAGGAAGUUAAAGAUUUGAAGAUGGUUACGAAGGAGUGUCAUGUGCUCUUCGUACAGGAGGUGAAGAAGGUUAGAGAGGAUGUGAAUAUGCAGAUUAGAGAACUUCGUGAAGAAAUGACGAAAGAAGUUCAAACUCUUAACCAGGGGCAUGAUUCUGCACAUCAGAAGAUUGACAUCAUUUGUGAUGCUGUUGUUCAGUGUGUCAAGAGGUUUGAACCGCUCAAAUCACAGAUGACUUCUCUGUCAGCAACUGAAGUUCAACAUUUCGGAGAAUUGGUGAAUCUAAUGAAGGAACUCAAAGAAAUCUCUUCGAAAUCCUCUUCUUCGAUUAUCUCUCAAGAGUAUCCAUCUCAGAAAUUUCUUCAUUUCGAAGCCAUUCUUCAAAAGCAUCUUACUCCGCUACUUCGAAUCUCAAGCCUAUGGCCAAGUAUAUCAGAUGCCCCACCUGCUAUCACAGGGGUGCAAGGGGGAGAAAAGAUUGUUCAAGAUGAAACCAGAAGAUUCGAAGGCUCCAGUCAAACCAACAAUUGUUUCAGCCGCUCCUGUCAUUUCAACUGUGACUACAACGAUUCCGAUUUCAAGACCUAG